AGAAUUUUAGUUGCGUCUCUAAGGUCAAGGUCACACACUCUCACUCUCACACACUGAAACAGGGCUACUUUGGAGCUGAGCUGAACAACAAUCACAAUGGCAACAUCAUCGUCUAAAGCAUUCGGAAGGUUAUCGUCUCGAUUACACUCUCUCGUUAACAACAACAACUUCACCACUAAACCAUCACCACUCUCUCAUCUCAAACCCAAACUUCAAUCUGCAACACUUCCACGCGUCCCUCUCACUUCACGGUUACCGGUAGAGUUGGGUAGCUUGGAAUCAAUGUUGCCGCUGUACAGCGCUGUUGCUUCUGCUCGAUUAGUUUCAAGCUUGUCCAUUGAAUCUCUUGGUUGGGGUUUAGUUCCUCAAGGUAUUUCCAUGCCUUUAUGACAGCGUUGAUCGGCGGUUAGCUGAUUCUAGUAGCAUUUCCAUUUAAUGGAAGACUGUGGCUCAUGUUGACGCUUUUCAUUUCUAUGUAAUCUUGAGGCCUUUUGACAUAGGAUUCUUCAUCUGAUAUCUUAGAGAGACAUGCAAUGCCUUACUCAUUGAGUUGAUUCAUUUUAUACUGAUAAGUUUCUAGAAUAUCUUUUUUUGGCUUUCCUAUUUCUGCGUGUUUUUUUUAACUAAUAAUGCAUUAUAUAUCUGAACAAUGUAUGCCAUGUACUAUUCUUAAAACUAUGACUAUUUUUUAAGAUGGAUUUACGUUCAAUGUAAGAAAUGAUAAUACAAAUAUAUGGUUUCAACUUUCA